UAUCCUUUUUGAAAAGUGACGCCUGAGUGGACAAGGGGCGAGACCGGACUUUUUAGUAUUAUGCAACCAAUGCCACACGGUACUGAGACUGCACUGCAGCCUGAGCACUGAUCAUUAGCCUUCAUGAAGACUGAUCUACCGUUACAAAAAACAUCGCUGCAUCAUGAUGAACAUAUCCCAGCGCCCCUGGGUUUUCUCGCUGGUUGCUACUCUCUGCUUCACUCUGGUACGACUCAACGAAUGUGUGACCAGAAUCUACUACAUAGGAAUCAAAGAAGAAUCCUGGAAUUAUGCACCGAGUGGCAAAAACAUUAUAAAGGGGCUCAGCAUUGAUGAGGACAAACAGGCUUCGGUGUUUCUGCAGCAAGGGCCACAUCGUAUAGGAAGCGUGUACAAGAAGGCUGUGUACUGGGAGUACAGAGAUGGCAACUAUACUGAAGAGAUCCCCAAACCCGAAUGGCUUGGGUUCCUGGGGCCAGUGCUCAAAGCUGAGGUGGAAGAUGUGAUAGUCGUCCACUUGAAGAACUUCGCUUCCCGGCCCUACUCCCUGCACCCCCAUGGGGUGUUCUAUGAGAAGGACUCUGAAGGUGCACUGUAUCCUGAUGGGACAUCUGGAAAACAGAAGAAGGAUGAUUCUGUGCCUCCUGGAGGAAGUCACACCUACACCUGGAUAGUGAAGCAGCAAUUCGCCCCUACUGAGGACGAUCCAAACUGCCUGACGUGGGCCUACCAUUCUCACAGAGAUGAGCCCAAGGACAUGGCCUCAGGAUUGAUAGGCGCUCUCCUCACUUGUAAAAAGGGUGUCUUGCAGGGGCAGUCCCAAGAUCGGACAGACGUUGACAAAGACUUUAUCUUGAUGUUCAGUGUGGUGGAUGAGAAUCUGAGCUGGUACCUGGAUGAAAACAUAGAGGCACACUGCACAAACCCCUCCACUGUCGACAGGGAUGAGGAGGAGUUCCAGGAGAGUAACAAAAUGCAUGCUAUCAAUGGCUAUCUGUUUGGAAACCUGCCUGGUCUUGAGAUGUGUGCUAACAAGAAGGUGUCCUGGCACAUGUUUGGAAUGGGGAAUGAGGUGGAUAUCCACUCUGCUUAUUUCCAUGGACACAGCGUCUUGGACAGGGGCCACAGAAGUGAUGUCAUCAGCCUCUAUCCAGCCACGUUUGUGACCUCAGAGAUGAUCACAGAGAAUGUGGGGAAAUGGAUGCUGAGCUGUCAAGUUAAUGACCACAUACAAGCUGGGAUGCAGGCACUGUAUCAGGUGUCAGAAUGCAACGCCGGAGUCCACAAAACGCCCUCUACUGGCAAAGAGAGGAAGUACUACAUUGCUGCCGAAAGUGUAUUGUGGAACUAUGGUCCUUUGGGUUACAGUACUUACGAUGGUCUAGCACUGAAUCUUACUGGAAGUAAAUCUGAAACGUUCUUUGGUAAGAGUGGGGGAAGGAUCGGAGGAGAGUACAUGAAGGUUGUUUAUGUGGAGUACACUGACAACACGUUCGCCACAAAGAAGGAGCGGACCAGGAAUGAAAAACACCUUGGGAUCCUUGGCCCGGUUAUCAAGGCUGAAGUUGGUGACACAAUUUUAGUGACAUUCAUGAAUAAAGGGGACAAGAAUUUGAGCAUACAGCCACAUGGAGUACAGUACAGCAAGGGAUCUGAAGGCACAAACUAUAUAGAUGGUUUUGAGAAACCCGGAUCUCAUGUUCAGCCCAAUGAGAUCUUCACUUACAGAUGGACAGUGACUGAGGGCCCUUCCCAGAGCGAUCCAGACUGCCUUUCUUACCUUUACUACUCAGCAGUCGAUCCUGUUCAGGAUACAAACUCUGGACUCGUCGGGCCUCUGCUGGUGUGCAGGAAGGAUGCACUCAAUGAGAAAGGCUUACAGAGAGGGGUUGAUAAGGAGUUCUAUCUGCUGUUUACCGUUUUUGAUGAGAAUUUGAGCUGGUACCUGGAAGGCAAUAUUGAGAGGUUUGUAGCAGAGCCCUCCAGUAUAGAUCAGAUGGAUGAAGACUUUCAGGAAUCCAAUAAAAUGCACGCGAUUAAUGGAUACAUGUUUGGUAAUAUGCCCGGCUUGGACAUGUGCAAGGGGGACAACGUCUCCUGGCACUUGAUGGGACUGGGGAAUGAGGUGGACAUUCAUGGGGUCUAUUUCCAAGGAAACACCAUUCAGAGAGGAGGAAUGACACGAGACACACUCAGCCUGUUCCCCCACACCUCAGUCACUGCAGCCAUGCAGCCUGACACUGCUGGCAAGUUUGAAAUAAGCUGCCGGACCAGCGAUCAUUACCUGGGGGGAAUGAAAGGGUUUUAUUCCGUGCAGGACUGUGGCAACAGGACUGUCCCACACCAGCUGUUUGGGUCCUUGAGGACAUACUACCUCGCUGCAGAGGAGCUGGAGUGGGACUAUUCACCGGACAGGAGCUGGGAGUUGCAACUGCACAAUGCCUCUAUGGAGGAGAGUUAUGGUCACACCUUUGUUGGUAAAGGGGAAGAUUUGAUUGGUUCCAAGUACAGAAAGGUUGCAUACAGAGAGUACACCAACAGCCAGUUCACAGAGCUGAAAAAGAGAUCUCCACAAGAAGAACACUUGGAGAUAUUAGGCCCAGUAAUAAGAGCAGAAGUUGGCGAUGCCAUACUAGUUGUUUUUAAGAAUAAGGCCAGUCGCCCGUACUCCGUUCAUGCUCAUGGCGUGGAACGGGUCGAUUUGGAUAACACACUUGAAGUGCCAAAUACUGAGCCAGGUGACGUAAAGAUGUACAGAUGGAAUGUUCCUGAAAGAUCCGGUCCUGGCAGAUCUGACCCCAACUGUUUAACUUGGGUUUAUUAUUCAUCAGCGGACAUUGUGAAAGACAUGUACAGCGGUCUGAUUGGACCACUGAUAACCUGUCGGAAAGGAUUUCUGAAUGAGAAGGGUCUGAGGAGAGAUGUGGACAGAGAGUUUGCUCUUCUUUUCAUGGUGUUUGAUGAGAACGAGUCCUGGUAUCUGGAUGAGAGCAUUCAAACAUACCUCCAUAAAGACCCAGAGGAGGUUGAAAAAGACGAACAUUUCUUAGAAAGCAAUAAAAUCCAUGCAAUCAAUGGGAAAAUCUAUGGGAAUCUUCAUGGUCUCACAAUGACUCAGAAUGAGAAGACUGACUGGUACUUGCUGGGAAUGGGCAAUGAAAUAGACAUACAUACGGUUCAUUUCCAUGCACAGAGCUUCAUCUUUAAGACAGACAAAGCGCAUCGAGCAGAUGUGUAUGACCUCUUCCCUGGGACAUUCCAGACAGUGGAGCUGAUCGCAGAGAACCCUGGAACCUGGCUCCUGCACUGCCAUGUGGCAGAUCACAUCCACGCCGGCAUGGCGACAACAUUCACAGUCGUCAGCCAAUCGGAAUCCCUAGCAACACCACUAGAACUGAAUUUCAUGAAGACACUGUAGGAGCUGCGGGUGAGUUGAAAAUCAAUUUCUUUGGGAAGAAGCUGGACAAUACAGAAGCUAAAGUGGCACUGAUCACACUCUUCAUCGUAGGAUUACUGUACUAAUUCUUGCAUAGAUCGCUUUCCUUACUCUUUAAAGAGGAGGAAGUCCUAUUUUCCUGUUCAAAGAUCCGUGUUGCCAAAUGAUAAUCUGUAAACUAGAAAAGUGAGACUGUUCUGGCACAAAAGAGUUCCUAGUGCACUCCAAUGUUUAUGCUGCUAAUGUUUUUAAUAUGACUCUUUAAAAAGAAAUAUGGCCUUAGUUAUCUAAUAUUGAACACUCUACAACUUUGUACCUGGCUUGCGAUUUUCAAAUUCAGCACCACAGUUUUAGUUUGAUGUUGCUACAUGUUUCAGAGGGAAAGGAAUGCACUAGACAAAUAUUUGAAGCUAUUGUUAUCACCAGUAAUGCUUUAGGUAAAAAGGGGAAGUGUCAGACCUCACGCUCAUCUUCAAAAACGUUUAUAACAAUAACAGAUAGUGAAUUGCUCUAAAUAUAUUUUGAAGGAAUGUGUGUUAAUUGAUUGCAGAGCACAAAAAACAGAUACAGAACAGCAGGUCUGAAUUCCAGUCUGGCUCUAAAGUGUAAUUGAAGAGCGUGCUGUUGUAACAUGUUCGACUGUGUAUUACGUGAAAUGGUACAGGAUAUGUACAGUGAGAACUAGAGGGCCUGUUGGUAAGGUGUUUACAAGAUUCCAACAUACAUUAUUGCCAGUACUGCUGUAAAAAGCACUGUACCGCUGUGAUUCCUAGAUGGGUAAAUGAAGCAUAUAACUUGAACGCAGUGUAAGAUGUAGUGUCAUGCAUUACAUUACUUAUAAACAAAACUCUUUCUAUGGUUGCAAAUCACUUCUGUAACACAGUACUGUUAUUGUUAUGUCCUAUUAUUGCUUAUAAUUGCUGAGUGUACAGUUACUGUACGUUGCAUUGUUAUUUUAAAAAAAAAUCAGCUGAUUUAAAUUUAACAUCAUUUUUGAAACUUUUUUUGUUGUUGUAAUAAAUGCAUAAUGAUGUUAAUAUAGUAUCAUACCACAAAAGUGAAUGGUAUUUUUAUAAUAAAAAAGUUCCCCUCCAAAUAUUCAGAAUUUGUAUUUCAUUUAAGCCAUUUUUAAAAAAAAUAUAUAUAUAUUAACCUGUGUCAGCGUGUUUGAGUGUUAUAACAUAUAUUUGGGGUCAGCAGUGUGGAGUAGUGGUUUGGGCUUUGGACUCUUGACAAGAGGGUUGUGGGUUCAAUCCCAGGUGUGGGACACUGCUGCUGUACCCUUGAGCAAGGUACUUUACCUAGAUUGCUCCAGUAAAAACCCAACUGUAUAAAUGGGUAAUUGUAUGUAAAAAUAAUGCGAUAUCUUGUAACAAU